GGCAUGCUGGUCAGUGGGGGGGUGGGAUCUCACACCAGACUGAAGCCUCUGCAAGGAGAAAAGCUGGAGCUGGGAGUGAGGAACUACACGGUGUACGUGAACAAGGUCCCGGUGGCCGACGCAGACCUGAUGGCAACUAACGGAGUCGUGCACGCUGUGGACAGCAUCAUCAAACCUAUGCCUCCGAAGGUGGACAGAGAGCAGGCUGAUGGACCUGCAGAUCCGCUCAGAACAGCUGCCUCUUCCAGGGCUGACUCCAAGAGCUUCAGGAACGACGAUUUAUUCCAGAAGGUGGUCAGCAGCCGCUCCAGCAGGACGAUGACGCAGUAAAACUUCUGCACAACGAUCUCGUGCCAAAGGGUCAAAGGUCACAAACAGAAAAACUCCCCUGAAGUCUCCUGACACUGCCGAGUUUGUCUGAGAGGAUUUAGUUUCAUUUUUAAUAUAGAAAACACGUGAGAGGUAAAUGAAACACAACUUUAUUAACUCACUUCCUGUUCCAGCUCAACCUGCAGAAAUAGGACGAAGUUCUUAAUCAACCAUCAGAUAUUUAAAUUAAUAUGCUGACAUUUGGUAAGAAAUUCUGCCCUUUCUAUCCAAAUUCAUUUUUAUUUUUGUCUCUGACAUUUUUCUCCCUAUUGAUAAUUUUAGAAUUUAUUUUCACAAACAUGUUAUUUCGAUUAUUAUACUUAUAUUUUUAGGAUUUUAUUUCAGAUUUCUCUUCACAUAUUUUUAUGACAUUCUAAACAUAGAUUUUCACACGUUGAACAUUUCUCAGUAAUUAUUUUCUCAUAUUCUAUUAAUACAUUUCAGGUAUUUCUGGGACAUUGUUAAAAUAUCUUUCACAUUUUACUCAUUUUAGAAAUUAUUUACACUUCUGCAAGGCAUUCUGGGUAAUGUAGGACUAAGUGAAGUCGAGGAGACGUGUCAGACAAUCUGAGGGGAGUUUUAUUUACUGACUCAGAGUUUUGUAUUCUUUGUACUGUAAAAAAAUGUCACUUCUGAAGUCCAAAGUUUUUCACAUGUAAAAUGUUUGUAAAGUGUGUUUUUGUUGUGUACUCCGUGUGUUGUCGUCCUGCAGCAUGUCGGCAGGUCUGAGCUCAAACUAACUAACAACUCUGGAGCUUUUUUAGGAUUUUCUUCUUGGUGUUUUUUGUAAAAUAAAAUUUAAAAAUGAGCUUUGAAAUACACGUCGUCUGUUAAGUGUGUGUAUUUACCUUUAAAGGUAGACUGAAGGAUUUAGAGCAGGGGUGCUGAACUGAAAGAGGCGGAGCAGGGACCCCUGACCCCAUGUGUACAAAGUUAAACUGCACAUUAAUCUGGGGUACAACAACACAACAAGCCUAAAGGGCCAAGACAAAUGUCUUCAUGGAGCCUACAAUACUGAGACAUUACAGUAAUUACACUAACAGUAACUGUCUGUCGGUGCCGUGCAGUGAACCAGCACAGAUCAGCUGAGGGUUGAUGGGUAAUGGUUAAACAUCAUCGAUGUGUAGAAUGAAUGGGUUGACUUUUAAGAAUGGGGAUUUUUUUUUAUUAAUAAUAUGUUGGAUUCAGGUUACUGUAAUGUGUAUUUUCAGACUGUUUUAAUUCUUUUAAACAAAGUGUUUGGAUAAGAA